GGGCAGGUAUCCUCCUGGGCGACAUGCACGUAUUAUUUCCCAUUCUGAGGCCAACUCCCAUUUCAACACAUCGUUCCGAAACCAAACAACACCGUCCAAUAAGACAGCACGGAAAUAAUAAGCUACCCAAGCAUCGAGGAAACGUCAAGUGCAGCCCGUUACGCGUGCCCAACUUCGAGGUCCCCUGCCGAACACGAGCAGGGUCAUCUUGCCGCCGCCAUCGCCAUACGCAAGACAGAACCUAGCGAUGAAGGUCAAGAUCAAGGAGUGGAACGCCGUCGCAUCGUGGAGAUGGGAUCUCCCCGAGGACGACGUGUGCGGCAUCUGCCAGGUGCAUUUUGACGGGACGUGCCCGACUUGCAAGUACCCUGGUGACGACUGCAGUCUUCUGUCUGGAAAAUGCGGCCACAACUUUCACAUGCAUUGCAUUAUGGAGUGGAUAAAGCAAGAUUCGGCCAAAGGGCAGUGUCCAAUGUGUCGGCAGAAAUUCGAAUGGGAGACAGAAGCAGGGGCAGGGCCGCAGCCGGCCCCUGAACAGCAGGACACAACCGGGAUCUAAUGAUGGGAGAGAGGAUGGUUUGUACAGAGGAUUCCCAGUGAGAGCCCUAUACACAUCCUCCUUCCAGGAGGGGCACAGCACAGGGCGCCCUGUCUACGGCCGACUUCCGUUUGCGACGUCGGGGUUGGGUGCCUGCCUCGGGAAGCGCCUGUGGGGGGUUAAUCAUCGCUAUUGGGACAGAGGCGGAAACGAAGACGAGCAGAACCAAGGCCCGAGGCGAGGCGCCGUAGUCUCACGCCAAUCCCACGUGGGUGUGCCCGCAUGUACGUCUAUGAGGAGGAUGGAUGAUCGGUACCUAUCUACCUGGUAGUAAGUUACAGGUAUGUGUAGUGACGGAUUUCCGACCGCUGGGGCUCUAAAAGUGGCCAGCCCUUCUAUCCUUACUACGUCAUAGGGGAUAGGUGGCUUAACGGUAUAAGUUAUACCUCAAAGGGGGCUAGGUACCUACCUAGGUAGGAGUGUAUAAUCCAUACAGUCUGCAAGCAACUCUCAGACAUCGUUGCGUAUAGUUUAGGUGCCCGUCGUGUUCUGUGAGUGAUUCACUCUACGAACAAAUCCGCACAGGAGGUGCCUUACUCACGGCGUUCGGGAAGAGUUACCUUAGAUACCUAUGUACCUAUGUACCUAGGUACCUACCUUAAGUAAAAUUGGGCGGCGCCAAGCGACAUUCCCCACAUUCCGAUAAGAUAGAG